AUCACAGCAAUUAUGUGAGAGAUUUCCAAGACAUGCGACAGCAGCUGCAGGACCGAGUAGUUGACGUUGACACAAAAUUGACGACACAGCUUGGGCAGCGCGGAAAGAUUCCAAGAAAGGAAGUUGAAACUUGGCUAAAGGAUGCGCGCCGAGAAAUUAAUGAAAAGGUGAUUGAUGAUCUGAUCUGCAAAGGGGGUUGUUUCACAUAUAUUUGCUCAUCAAGAAAGCUCGAUAAAGAGACUCACGCACUGGGAGUGGGGAUACUUAGGCGAGGGGAAAGAUACGCUAAUGCUGGUGAGGUUUUGGUCAUGGAUGAUCACUCAUUCCUGUAUCGUGCGAGGGUAUUUGAAGAAAAGCAAAGGGAGGUGAAGCAGGUAAUGGAAAAAAUUGAGGCAGAUUUGAAGACUCAGCUUCUGCAACCUGAAAAGAUUGCCUGGAACAAAGUCGAAGAUUGGCUGAAGAAAGCAAGCCAACAAGUUACCAUGAAGGUUGAAGAUCUGAUCAGCCAAGGGGAAUGUUCCUCAUCAACCAACAUCGAAGAAAAGAUUCAAGAAUUGAAGCAAAUGCUUGAGGAAGGAAAAGAAUUCACUAAUGUUAGUGUGAGUUUAGUCAUAGAUGAUCACUCAAAAAGAGGAGUUCCAAUGCCUGCUGAAAAAUGCAUUGCACGGGAUGAGGUACAAGAAGAAAUUCUGCAACUAUUAAGGGGAGACAAGGUUACAAGAAUUGCAGUUUGUGGAAUGGGUGGUGUGGGCAAGACAACAAUCAUGAAGCAAGUCCACAACCAACUAUUAAAAUUAAAAGAACCCACAAUUGAGAAAGUUAUUUGGGUUAAGGUAUCUAGAGACUUUGAUAUUGUUCUCCAACAAAAAAAGCAGUUUGAUAUUCUCAAGUUUCAGAAGAGCGUUGCAGGAAGCAUGGGAUUAAACCUGAAGAAUGAGGGUGAAGAUGCAAUUAAUCUUGCAAGACGAAUAUCACAAAGCUUGCAACAGGGUAGUCGUGUUUUAAUUCUGGAUGAUGUGUGGGAGCCUUUUUCUCUAGAAGAUGUUGGAUUCCUUGAUCCAAAUGGAAAUGAUGCUUGCAAGAUGGUGCUCACAACACGGUCACAAGAGGUUGCUAGUAGAAUGCAGUGUAAGGAGAUUUAUGUGAAUCCUCUUCCAGACGAUGCAGCAUUAGCAUUAUUCUUGGACAAAGUUGGAAGUGAGGUGGUGUCCUAUCCCAGAUACAAAGUUGAUAUAGAACCUUUUUUGAAUCAGAUUUUGAAGAAAUGUAAUGGUCUACCCCUUGCUAUUGGGGUGGUGGCAAAAACCAUGAGAGGAAAGUCUGAUCGUUACUCAUGGGAGAUGGCAGAUAAAGAAUUGAGCAAAUCUAAAGAAAUUGUUGAUCGUUUGAAAUUCAGUUAUGAUCACUUAGAAGAACAAUAUAAGGAGUGUUUUUUAUAUUGUGCAUUGUAUCAUGAGGAUCAUGAAAUCCAAAAAGAGGAGUUGAUUGAGUUUUGGAUUGAGGAGGGAUUUAUAAUAGAUGAAAGGGGGUCUCGACACUUAAUGAUUUGUGAGGGCCAUUCUAUUAUUCAGAAGUUGAUAGACAAUUGCAUGUUGGAAUUGGUUAAAAAUAAAAACCAAUUCUAUUGGAUGGGACCGCAUGGAAAGGUUAGAAUCAAAAAGAAAGAAGAUUUGGUGAGUAUGCAUGAUCUUCUCCGAGAAAUGGCAUUGAAGAUUAUUCAUCCUCAAUUCAUGGUGAAAGCUGGCAUGGCCUUGGAAGAGCUACCGGAGGAGGAUGAAUGGACAGAAGAUCUUUUGAAGGUUUCUUUAAUGAAUAAUAACAUUAGAGAAUUUCCUUCAAGUAUGUUGUCUCCCAAGUGUCCAAUGCUCACAACCUUGUUGUUGUCUAAAGCCAAUAUUAUAACAAUUCCAGAAGCCUUCUUUGAUCAUAUGCCUAGGCUGAAGAUCCUUGAUCUUUCUGGCAAUCACCAGCUACAUAGGCUGCCGAGUUCUGUUUCUAAAUUAGAGAGCCUUACGACACUACUGUUGGAGAAUUGUGAGUCCUUAGAAGAGGUACCAUUUUUAUCCAACCUUGGAGGCUUAAAAAAGUUAAACCUUUAUGGGACAUCGAUUAAAGAACUACCCCAAGGUCUCAACAUGUUAACCAAUCUAAAAUAUCUUUGGCUUGGUAGAAUGUUAUCUGAUAUACCUAACGGAUUGCUACGAAAUCUCUCCAAACUUCAGUGUUUAAGAGUAGAUGGGACUAUACCGUUGAAAUGGGUGGAGAUUGGAAGAUUGAGUAAGUUGGAAUCUCUUGAUAUCCGGUUGUCUAUGCUGGAUGAUAUGAGGCUCUUUGUUAAGUCUGAAAGAAAGUUUUUAAAUCAAUACAGAAUUUCUGUUAGAAGCUGCAGUCAACAUGAUGGUUGUUACUUUCAUGACGAAACCUUUUCAAAUGUUAUGAAAUCAAUUGUAUGCUAUUGUAUUGAUAUAUGUAAGGAGCCUAACUGGUUACCAUCUGAUGCACAAGGCUUCUACAUCUUAAACUGCAACUGCAAGGAUGUGAGAAGCUUGGACGACAUUUCUGGCUUUCAAGAAGCAACCGACUUGCGGCACUGCGUUGUUGAUCAAUGUGAUGGCUUGGAGUUUGUUGUUUCCUCACGCUGCUUAAACCCGCUCCAAAACCUUGAGUCGCUAUACCUUUUUAAUCUGAAAAAAUUGAAUGCAGUUAGGGCAGUAGAAGCAGUUGCCAAGUCAGCACCGCUGCCAGCUGGCACUUUUUCUUCUCUUCAAAAUAUUGAAGUUGGGAGAUGUGGAAAAAUAAAGAAGUUAUUGCCGCUUAGGUUGUUGCGGUAUCUCCAGAAUCUACAGACCAUUGAGGUUAUGUAUUGUGAUCAAAUGGAGGAGAUAAUAUGGUCCGAAUAUGAAGAAGAAGGAGAAAAAGCCCUAGAAAAACUCACUCUACCAAAGUUAGAAAGGUUGGGGUUGGGGUAUUUGCCCGCAUUGAAGAGCAUCUACAGUGGCUCUACUACUGUCUUGAUCUGUGAUUCCCUCAAAGACAUUCAAAUUCAGUCGUGCCAAGAAAUAGAGAGUGUUUUUUGGACGGGGUUUAACCCACUUCCAACCCUUGAGAAUCUAGAGCUUCUGCACUUAAAGAAUCUGAAAUCCGUGUUUGAUGAAGAAGUUCUUGGUUUAUCGGCUCGUCCCACCAACUUUUUCUCUCUUAAAACAAUUGAGGUGUAUGAUUGCCCUAAAUUAAAGAAAGUAUUUUGGACGGGGUUUAACCCACUUCCAACCCUUGAGCGUCUAGGGCUUCGGUGCUUAGAGAAUCUGAAAUCUGUGUUUGAUGAAGAAGUUCUUGGUUUAUCGGCCCGUCCCACCAACUUUUUCUCUCUUAAAACAAUUCGUGUGGUAUGGUGCCCUAAAUUAAAGAAAGUAUUCUCAUCUGGAUUGCUGCUUGGCUACUUCCAAUCUCUAGAGACUAUUGAAGUUGAAGGCUAGCAGAGCAGAAUUUCCUAUGACUUGCAAAUGAUGUGGGAAAGAUUGUUCUUAUGAGCUUGUUCCUUUCUAAAGAAGCAUUUUUAUAUUGGUGAAGACACAACAUAUACCAGGCACAUGGUAAGACCUGCUUGCUUUGAAAUCGCCUUUAAUGAACAAAAUCAAUAAUCCCUAUUUAGAUUUUGGAUCUAUACAGAGUUGAUGAUGUAAUAAUCAUAAACAAAUGGCAAAAUGGUGC